CAGACAUUCUCGUGAUGAACCACAAAACAAUCGUAUAGCAAGCUUAUAACUACUAAAAGUAGUAACUAGUUUGCAAACUUAAGAAAUAAUGGCUCAAGCAAUCGCUAGUGGGAAGGUGAUUGAACAAUACGGGCCUUAUGGUUCUCAGUUGCCAGAAAAUUACCGUGUGCAACUUGCGGAUGGUGAACGUUUUACUAAAGUAUCAGUGGAACAUGGAUACGUUGUGGAUGCAUUCAAGUUCGAGAUAGCUAAGCCUGAUGGAACUACCCGCACUGAAUGGGUUGGUUACGGUAGCCCACCAACCGAAACACAUCAUAUUAGUCAGAUUGUGCUCCAGGAUGGUGAAUACCUAACCAAAUUUAGUGGGAAAUUUGGAACCGAUGUACCUCGGAAUCAAUUUGGUAUUGCUACCUUGAAGAUACACACCAAUUUUAAUCGUGCAGGAUAUGGACCAUAUGGCCUAGGAGGCUGGGGUAUGGAUAACUUAACUGAUUUUUCAUCACCAGACAUAACUGAUGGUCCUGUUGUCGGAGUUUUUGGAAGGCACCACAUUGCCCUCAAUUCUGUUGGAGUUUUCGUGAGGAAGGAGUUCUCUGCUCUCAAAGGCUAAUUGAUUACGAUACUCUUGGAGUGUUAGACUACAGACAUCAGCCAAUGAGGACGUCUACUUUAUUUAUGCUUUUAAUAAGCCACGAUAAAAAUAUGUAAUAGUAUUAUAUAAGUGGCCUCUCAAGAGUGAUUGUAAUCACAAACUUGAGCGAAUGUCGUAUGUUGUCGAUCGUAUCUUUGAUCUUUCAGGUUGGUUAAUUAAUGUAUAAUAUAAUGUGAGGUCUUUGAAAUAAAUAUAUUAUUGGCUCGUCAAA